AUGGACUCGGCGAACGGCGACAACAUGGCGGCCGGCAUCAUGCGGCUGCUCAUGCUGAUGGCGAGGGGGCCCUCGGCCGCGGACGCAAUGCCGGGGGCGGGCGGCGGGCGGGUGACGGUGCAUCACUUCAUCCUCGGCGGCGACCUCUUCUCCGGCGAGGUCGGCGGCGGCGUCCCGCCGGCGUCCAAGGCGGCGAUCGCCUCGUUGAAGGAGGUCCAGGGCGCCGGCGGGGACGGCGAGGGCGAGGGCUCGCUGGGCGACUGCGCGAUCUGCCUCGACGCGUUCGGGGCCGGCAAGGAGAUGCCGUGCGGGCACCGCUUCCACGGGGAGUGCCUGGAGCGGUGGCUAGGCGUGCACGGGAGCUGCCCCGUCUGCCGCCACGAGCUCCCCAAGGCGGACCCGGCGGCCGAGGAGCAGCAGCAGCAGAGCGGCGACGGCGAGAGGCGCGGGCCCAGGGGCGCGGUGCUGGUCAGCAUCGUGACGCUGCGAGGAGCGGAGAGGCCGCAGGAGGAGGAGCAGAGGGAGGAGCCGAUCAACAUCCGGAUCGAGGACGUGGAUUAG